AUCAACAUGUUUGUGACGAUUUUUGCGAUUUUUCUUGUCUCUGGCGUGACCGUUGGUUGUGACAAGCAAGCAGUGUCAUUUGAUAUGACCGAAGAGGAUAUUCUUUUGGAGAAGUCGCCAUCCCUUGAGAAUCAACUGCCAGACUGUCAGAAGUCAGAGGGAUCCAUAAAAUUGAAUCUUUCAAAAAUGGGCAUCAACAAUAUCACCGAAAAUCUCCUCGACAGUCCACUAUUCACUUGUCUCAAUCUCGAGGACAAUGAAAUUGUCUCCCUACCUUAUGGGAUUUUUCUCGAAAUGCCAAAUCUCCUGUACCUAAAUUUAGCCAACAAUCAUAUUCCCGAUCAUGAUCUUCUAACAUUCGGUGGUCAUGAAAAUUUAGAAACACUUAUUUUGGACGGUAACAUUCCCUCCUAUUCUCACACUCUGGAAAUUCACGGACAAUUUCCCCAAUUACAACAACUUUCUUUGAGGCGAAAUUUAAUUGAAUUCCUACCCAACGAUUUUGGUUCUCAUUUUCCAAGUUUAACGCAUUUUUACCUCUCGGACAAUAUCGUGAAUGUGACGAAUUUGUAUAAUUUCGUGAGUACCGUUCCAGCGUCAGUGACACAUCUCUAUUUGGAACAAAAUGGAAUCGGCGUGUUUCGAAGUUCAGUUUUUGGCAAUAUCACCGAAUUGAUUUUAGAUGGAAAUGAUUUUAAAAUUCUCGACAGAUCAUUUGACAUGACACUCGAUCCAAGUAUGACGCCAACUCUUCAGCAUCUCUCGGCAAAAUCGUGUAAAAUCGGUAAAAUCGGCGCGACCACAUUCUACGGCUCUUACAAUCUCACCACUCUCGAUUUAUCCAACAAUUACAUUGACGACAUUCCCGACGGUCUAUUCAACGGUGUUUCGAAUUUAAAAAAUCUCUCACUGAGUUCGAAUUUUUUGAGAAAAAUCCCAAAGGGAAUUUCCCUCUCGUGUUUGAAAAAAUUGUACCUCAGUUACAAUCGAAUCGAAUCAACGAGUGGUUUGGGUAAUUUAACCGGUUUAGAGAGUUUGUCAUUGCGGGGUAAUAAUAUCACAUUUUUGGGCGAAUGUGUUUUUGCAAAUUUGACAAAUUUACGUGAAUUAGAUUUGGCUGAGAAUAAUAUUCAACAUUUUGUCCCGAGUGCUUUGGCGAAUUUGGCGAAAUUGAAAUUUUUCAAUCUUAAUUUCAAUCGAAUUGGAAAUGUUGAUGAAUUAUAUUUACGCGAUGAUUUUUCAUUGGAGCAUUUGUAUUUAAAGGGGAAUCCAGUGACGCGAAUUAGUGCCAAUUCGUUGAUUAAUUUACCGGAGAAUUUGACGGUUUACAUUGGACCGAUGAGGGCGACGGAAUUAAUUCCGAGAAUUUUUGAUAAGCGGAAUAAGAAAAUGAUGAAAGUGGAAAAGAAUUGAAAACUUUGACUUGAUUUUGGUUUCUUUGAUGAUUUUCUUUAAAUGGCAGUAAAAUAAUUAUUAGAAGGAGCGGUUCGUGAUUGGCGCCCCACUCCGCAAGGGUGGCGCGCGCAACUUUCAAGGUCGAGACGCUAUCCCCACUCCAAGGCACCAGACUUCUAAGAAUUCGAAAGAUUUCCAUUCCAAACGUUGGUACUUAACAAUUUUUUUUUGUUAACAAACAACAACAAAACAUUUAAACAUCAAAUUUAAAAUGCCUCUUUAAAUAAACAGUAUAUUGAAA